AUGUUUAAAGAAGUCAUUGUGUCGGCUGCUAUCAUCCUGGGCUUCUUUCUUAAUUUGUUCUUUGUCGAGCACCCGAAUGUUACGAGUUACACGAUUACGUUCGCUAUUAGCAUGGUCGUGAUUACGCCGUUUGCGCUCUGGUGGAGGUAUAGGGGGAUACUUGCGAAGAAGGCGGAGGAGACGGAGGGGUAUGAGCAGCUGUCCAUGGGCUCGUUGGCCGUGAGUGACGCUUUGUCUCUCGUUGCUCCCAUUACAGGAAGAGGUGGUGAGAGAACUGGUGAUGCUGAUGUUGAGAAAGGAGUGAAAGAGGUGGUGGGCGAGGAGGCUGGGGAGGGGAGUUGA